UCCACCCCUAAUGAUGCAGUUUAGUUUCAAAACCCUAUAAAAAGGCACGUUCUGUCUUGUCAGAGAGAAAACGGCUGCUGUGUUGCUGGUGAAGUCUCAGGAUUUUACAAGACUAUACAAGAACAAUGAGUGCAGAGGAGUGCUUCAGACUCAAGGAAAGUGAGGUGAGAAUCGAACACUCUCUGAAUAAGAAUGAGGAGAAGUUUGCAAUCAGAAGGAUAAAGACUGUUCAACAAGCGCUGCAGAAACUUGGGAUACACUGCAGUCUGGAUCAAGUGCCAAACAUUGCAUUACUGGGUUCUGGAGGAGGAGAAAGAGCCAUGGUGGGUUUGCUGGGAUCCCUGGUUCAACUCGAAAAAGCAGGUUUACUGGACCUUAUCCUUUAUCUGAGUGGAGUCUCUGGAUCAACCUGGUGCAUGGCCUCCUUAUAUCAGGAACCAGACUGGUCCACCAAACUGGAGGCUGUGAAAGACAAGAUCAUCAAGAGACUCAGCGGUCCUGCAGUCAGCUGGACAGAUGCAUUUGCCAAACUGAAGAAAUAUUACUAUGAGAAAGACAACUUCAGCUUGACUGACUUCUGGGCAGCAAUGGUCGUCACGACAUAUGUGAAAGAGAUCGAUGAACACACACUCACAGAGCAGUGGAGCCAGCAGAGUCAAGACCCAUUUCCCAUCUACACAUUGAUCGACAAGAAAUGCAAACAGGAAAAGGAAGCAGACCCCUGGUUAGAGUUCACUACACAAGAGGCAGGUUAUUCCCUCAUUGGAGCAUUUUUGAGAGCCUCCAGCUUUGGCAGUCAGAUUGAAAAAGGCUCUAUGGUGAAGAAGCAGCCUGAAAUUGACAUGCUGUUCCUGCAAGCUCUGUGUGGCAGCGCUUUAGCUGAUGGAGAGGAGCUUGUGAAAUUCAUCUGGCAAAAGAUAAAAGAUUUCUUUAAUCACUUGUUUCCUCACAUAAAAAACAUACUUCAUGAAAGGGGGCAAGAUCCAGACUCUCCACCUGCAGACACCUUCCAUGACGUUGUGAAAAAACUUGUGGACAUGAAUCUCUAUGUUUUGGAUGGCAAAGAUCCUUAUGCUCUUGAUAAAUCCAUCAGAACAAUGCUGACCGGUCUCGCUGGAGGCAAAAGACAGCUGAUUUUUCAAGUGGAAAAACUGAAUCUGCAUAAUAAAGAAGCUGCAAAACUGUAUAUGAAGCGUUACACCAUGGAUGUAUGCAACAAUUUGAGUGUUCAGUUCAAACUCUGGCCAUUCGAUCUUUGCUGCAGCAUUUUAAGAUGCGCGACUCAGUGGAUUUGGGGCAGGGAAUAUGACUUUCUCCACAACAUGACAGCUAAAGCAUUGCCUGACCCUCUUCUGAAAAGUGAGACGAGAGACUAUAUAGAUGCCGGGCUGUUGCUCAACUCACCCUACUUCUCAGUGCUGAGAAAAGAGAGAAACGUUGAACUCAUCAUUUCCCUGGAUUUCAGUGAUGGUGAUCCUUUCAUGACAGUGAAGAAAGCUGCUGAGAUUUGCAAGGAAAAAAACAUCCCUUUCCCUGAAGUCAUCAUACCCCCUGAGGACCCACCGAAGGACUUCUAUGUGUUCAAAGGCCAAAAAGUUCCAACUGUGAUACACAUCCCUCUCUUUAAUGUGGUCAACUGUGGAGAUAAAAUUGAGGAGUGGAGGAAGAAAUAUCAGACUUUUCAAGGUCCUUACAGUGCUGAGAUGAUCACUGAUCUUAUGGACGUAGCUGGAAAAAACAUCACAAACAACAAAGAAAAUUUGAAGAAAGAGAUUCGUGCGAUCGUUGAGCAAAAAAAAAAAAAAGUUUAACACUGUGUUAAUACACAACAAAUGACAGUAAUGUAUCUAAAUACAGACUAAACUGAUCUGCAUAUAGUUGAUUUAACAAUAAAUGGUGUUUCGUUUCUUUUUCUAUCUUUUAUAAUCACUUAACAUUGAUCAGCAUUAUUACCUUUUCUGCAAAAUGUGAUUUUUGUGCCAUAAUAAGAGCAUCAGAGAUUGAUCACGUUUGUGCUUCAUUUCUUUUUAAUGUUCAAAAUGUUUCUGCAUGUUUCAAUCUGUUUCUUCAUGACUGACCUUCAUUAAGCAAUAAAUAUCUUAUUAUUAAUAAUCAAA